CGUGGCAGCCCCAGCUGCAAGUCCCGGGCGCUGGGUUAGAAAAAGCCGGGCUAAGCCGGGACCCAGACCCGGGAUCUGGCGUUGCCAUGGCUUCCGGCGGGCGGCCAGCGCCGGAGACGUCCGCCUCGGAGAUAAGAUCCGUCCGGCGUCCAGGUGAGAGUCCGGACGAAAGUCUGGGCGAAACAGUCCUUCGCUGUCUUCUCCCGCCGCCUCCGCGGAACGUCUCUCUCCCCGCGGCGAUACGGAGAAGUUUCCCGGAGGCUUGCCUGCGCGGAGCGGUCAGUCUCCCGGAGCCGUCGUGGACCAGACCCACGCGGGGGGCAAUGCGGCCUCGGUCAGCUGCGCGCCCCGCCCCCGGCGCCGCUCUGGGGCCACCGCCCCCGCCGCCCCUGGUUCCCAGCCGGCCCGUGCUGGUGCCGAGCGACUGGGGAGGCGUUCUGGACGAGCGCCAGCUGGAUGCCCACCUGACCCAGGCCCAGGGCCGCGAGGCGCGCCUGUGGCUGGGGGGCCGAAUCCAGGUACCGGUUCCCGCGGGGGCCCCUCCCGAGAGCACGUUCAUCCUCCUCACGCGCGCACGGGACGCGGCCGGGUUCCACCUGCACCCGCCAUCAGGUGAGCCGCACCCUGGAGCACGCACCUUCCCCAGGUGCAUCCCCCGCACGAGGCAAGAGUCGAGAUUCGCCAGCUUGUCACUGAGACGGUGCUUCUCUACAGGUGGAGAUUUGCGAAGCUUUCCAGGAAGUCGUGUUGGGGCUCCUGAGAGUUGAGAACAUCUUUGACUUCUCCCAGACCACUUUUAACCUGGCUCUCACUAUCUUCAGCCGCCUCAUAGUUUCAGUAAAGAUAAAAAAGUGUUUACUCCAUUGUGUUACAAUUACUUCCUUGAGACUUGCUGCAAAAGUUAAUGAAGAAGAGGAGGUAUGCAUCCCUGGAAGCUCAUUCAGGGCUGCUUUUGAGGUAUAGGGGUGUGUAACGCUGGAAACACUCAAGUUUCCUGAAAGGUCUGUGACCUUGGGAAUGGGCAUUUUGGAAAAGUCAUACCUUCCAGGAUUUCUUCUGUCCCUUCCUUAGGCUUGUCAGACUUUGGGGCCCCACAAAUGGGUAAUUAGAAUAGCAGAAUUGUUCUGGCCCAGCAAACCCAGAGGUCUGACUUCCUAGCAGAUAUAAUCUUGCCUCAUUGGUUGAUGCCACAUGUCACCUCCCAUUAAGCAGAAGAAAAAGGCCUCCCAAACCAUAUGGCCUAAUGACCACCCCCAGAAACUACAUCUAAGAAAGCUGCUUGAGACUUAAGGACUUGGCUGUGUCAAAGAAACUGGUGUUCAGGGACUCUGGGACCCUUCUCCAAGAGGGGCAGGAGGGCCAUGUGCAGUGGGUGGAAGAGAAGCCCCCAUAAGUGCUUCAGGCUUGCUUGAACUUCUCAGUUUCACUGUGGCUUCUGUUCAGAAGAUCCUCUCCCAAUAUCCUUCCCAGACCUCCCUUCCUUCCUCCCUCCCUCCAACCUCUCCCCCUUUGGGGGAUAGUGGAACCACUGCCAUUUCUACAAGGUCUCCCUUGGCUGAUCUCAGGGUCCAUGGGGGCAGAAAAAGUCACUUGUGUGUCCAGUUCCAAACCUUCAAUAAAAUUUAUUUUAACCCUGUUUAUGAUUAUAUAAUAAUAGAUGCUUUUGUCCAACUAAAAAUCAAGUAAAUAACCUUUAAAAGAAAUAUUUCUAGAGGUUAUAGUAGUAAUACUACUAUACAGUUAUAUAGUAAUACUUU